AUGGUCCUCACCGACGCCAAAACAUACGCCUUCUUCGUCCUCCAAUCCCACUCCCACGGCACAACACGCUACCUCAUCCUCGACUCCGACGCCCAAAUCUACUGGGGCCAGUCCUCCCGUCCAAUCCACGUCGUCCAGCGCACACAGCCCCUCGGCAUAGCGCGGCUCCCACGCACCCACCUCGAAGUCUCCGACCUCUUCCCGCCCUACAACCCCCUCACGAUGACGGAAUUCCUCCCCUCCCCCUCGCAAGACCCGUCCGCUAUUUUCACCAAAAGGCAAAACAUACUAAGCGGGGAGCGCAUCCUCACGCAGCCUGAGGCAUACGCGCAGCUAACGAUGCAGGAAAUCCGCAUCGCGGAGGAGCUCGGUAAACAGCCGCACGCAAACGUGUGCGCGUACCUCGGCGUCGUCGUCGACCGGCGGCUCAGAAACCGCCGAGUCACAGACAUCGUCUACAAGCGCUACACCUGCGAUCUCUUCCACUAUGUCUCGUGCGGGCUGCUCCGCCACCGCAGUCAGAUUAGCCACAUCCUCGCCGCCGUCUACGCGGGCAUGCGGCACAUCCACAGCCUGGGAUUUGUGCACUGCGAUCUCCGGCCCGAGAAUAUCUUUCUGACGCUUGGGGCUGAUGCUGGGAAUGCGCAGGCGGUUAUUGAGGAGGUUGUUGUGGGCGAUUUGGAUGCCGCCGUGAGGAUUGGCGAGCAUGUAGAGCUUAAGGCUGCGACGAGGGAGUGGUGGCCUGAGGGGUUUGAGUGGGGGGAUCGGGCGAGGACGGAGCUGGAUGAGUAUAGUUUUGCGUGUUUGGGGCCGUGGUUGGGGGAGUGGCUGGAGAAGGGCUGA